AACCGCACCGUACACCCGACGACCAACUCCAAGUGAGAAAUUUAAACAAGCGAGAGAGAGAGAGAGAGAGAGCUUUUCCCGGACAGGUCUCCCGGCGCCACGGCAUCCAAGCUGCUCGUCGCGCUAUCUAUACAUGACACGCCCCGUCUCCCUCCUUGCUUGACACCAAUUCAACGACCUCUCGCGACUGAUCGAUCGAUCGAUCGAUCAUUCGAUCGCCAUGAGGCUCUCGGUCUCCGUCGCCGCGGUGCUCGUCGUUCUUGCGGCGCUCCGGCCGCCGCGGGUGGCGGUGGCGCAGAAGUACGCGGCCAUCUUCAACUUCGGGGACUCGCUGGUGGACGCCGGCAACCUCGUCGUGGAUGGCAUCCCGGACUACCUCGCCACGGCGCGGCUGCCGUACGGGAUGACGUACUUCGGGUACCCCACCGGGCGUUGCUCCGACGGCCGCCUCGUCGUCGACUUCAUCGCGCAGGAGGUGGGGUUGCCGCUGCUGCCGCCGUCGAAGGCGAAGAACGCGACGUUCCACCGCGGCGCCAACUUCGCCAUCACCGGCGCGACGUCGCUGGACACGCCGUACUUCCAGGGGCGCGGGCUGGGGCACACGGUGUGGAACUCCGGCUCUCUGCACACCCAGAUCAAGUGGUUCCAGGACAUGAAGGCCUCCAUCUGCAAGUCCCCUCAAGAGUGCAGGGACCUGUUCCGGCGAUCUCUGUUCAUCGUGGGGGAGUUCGGCGGCAACGACUACAACUCGCCGCUGUUCGCGUUCCGGCCACUGGAGGAGGUGCACACCUUCGUCCCCGACGUCGUUGACUCCAUCGGCAAGGGCAUCGAGAAGCUGAUCGAGGAAGGGGCGGUGGAGCUGGUGGUGCCCGGGGUGCUGCCGAUCGGGUGCUUCCCGGUGUACCUCUCCAUCUUCCGGAAGCAGCCGGAGAUGUACGGUCGCCGGAGCGGCUGCAUCAGGGACCUCAACACGCUGUCCUGGGUGCACAACGCUGCGCUGCAGCGGAAGAUCGCCGAGCUCCGGCUCAAGCACCCCGGCGUCCGCAUCAUGUACGCCGACUACUACACCCCGGCGAUCCAGUUCGUCCUCCACGCCGAGAAAUACGGGUUUUUGAGGCAGACGCCGCGGGCGUGCUGCGGGGCUCCGGGGGUCGGGGAGUACAACUUCAACCUGACGUCCAAGUGCGGGGACCCGGGGUCGUACGCGUGCGACGACCCGUCGAACCACUGGAGCUGGGACGGCAUCCACCUCACCGAGGCGUCCUACGGCCACAUCGCCAAGGGCUGGCUCUACGGCCCGUUCGCCGACCCUCCCAUCCUCGAGACCCGCCACCACUGAUCGAUCGAAAACACGAUCGGUUUGUGAUCCACUCGUUCGUUUGCAUAUAUGACAAGCAGACACACACCACAUACACACACACCUUCAUAUGCACUGGAGAUGUGAAGGAUAGCGAAAGGGGCCGGACAGGCAGAAGAACAGAGAAUGUGAUGGUUAAUUUGUUCAGAUUAAUUAGAUGGUUGGUUGGGGAUGUGUUGUAGUUUCAUUCAUGUAAGAAGCGUUUUGGUUUGUGUAUUUCGUUUGUUGGUCCUUGGUAGAGAAAGAGAGAGUAGAUGUAAUUCCUAUUUCUUGAGAAAUUAAAAUUGCUCUCAUAUAUAGCAUCCUUUCGACCUUGUAUACA